AUUACUGACGUUUGUCACUUUUAUUCUCCUCAAAAUGACUGACGAAUGUUCAAAAAUAUGCACAUGUAUUCAGUUUUUCGGAAGCUAUGCUCAUAAAGAUAUCGUGAGAGAAAACGUUGUAAAAUACCUUGCUGGACUAGGUAUACAAUACCAUCCGCCUGAAGUAAUGAAAAUACAACCAAGCAAUAACAAGAAAGCUCCAAAUAAUGGGAAACUACAACCAACAAAAUGGACACUUUGUCGACGAAAAGCAAUUUUUGAAGAUUAUUUGUCACCUCUUGAACAUUUAACAAUGAGGACAGUGAAGUUGAAGACAAAUCAAAUGGUAGAGGUGCCAGAAUACUUACACAACAUGUGCAGUUUUGUUUUAAGACAUGCUGAUACAAAGGGUAUUUUUAAGAAACGUGGAAGUAAUACAAAACAAGAAGGUAGCUGUUUUACAAAUGAUAUUGCAUGAUCAAUGCCUUCCUCUAGAUAUUUACUCACCUAUAGAUAUUGCUAUGGUAAUCCUAAAAUACCUUAAGAGGCUUCCCACACCACUAAUACCAAGCACAUACGACGAAUUGUUUUUCAGCUGCUACGAAUUAAAUGAACGAGAAGAAGUCUUACUUAUAGCUUGCUUGCUGCUGCCAACAGUACACAUCAAUGUACUGGCAUACCUACUGCAGUUUUUCAAUGAAAUCACCAAGCAUCAAGCUUCAAACCAAAUGGACCUGGACACAUUAGUGAACAACGUGGGUCCUCUAAUAAUGCCAUCUAUCAAUAAAAAAUCUACAGCUAACAGUAUCGUGAAGAUAUUAAUUUUUAGAUCAGAUGUGAUCGGCAUGAUACCUGAAGCUAUGACAGCGAAGUCUCCAUUACGAAGAAAUCAAACGAUUUGCCAGAAACUUACUUCAAUUUUUGUCAACUUUAACAUUCGAAGACGUUUUGAGGAGAAUAAAAGUUAAUAAUGA